CUGAAAACAAAUGUAAAAUCCAUGACACACUGCAUGGUAAGGAAUACGAUGACGCACUUACAUAUAUCGCCAAACCUCUUCUGCAGCCACAAACCACCAUAUCAAACUUGGAAACUGCACUAACUGAGAUACUUGUUGUUUGGGUGUAUGGUAAAUUCAGUUUACCAGAUACUUCUGAAGAAGGGUAUUACAUUGGUUGUAACUACUGCAACCGCAGAGUUCAUGGUAUCGAAGGUGCGUCCUUCCAAUGCUUAUUCUGUGGGCAAAAGAAUGGAACUACUGUUAAAAGAUUCAGACUCAAUGCUUUGCUAGGCGACGGAACCGGCACCAUCCCUGUCACACUUUUCACCAAUGAUGUACUGCACCUCUUCGAAUUCAUAGGCAUGGAUGCAACUGCUGCCAUGGAUUUAGAACUUUUCAAUACCAACAUACAAAUGAU